AUGGUGCUGCUGUCGGGGCACGGCGAGCCGCUGCCCGGGGAGCGGGUCUGCCCCGCGCCCGCCGCCGCUAAGGAGAUGCCCGGCGCCGAGGCGGAGAGCAGCCCAGAGCAGGGGGCGGCGGAGGCUGCCGCCGAGGAGCCGGACGAAGAGGAGGAAGAGGAGAAGGAGGUGGAGGAGGAGGAUUGCGAGGAGUACGAGGACUUCUCCGAGCUGCCCGACACCUGCAGCAUCGCCUCAGACGACUCCUUCUAUCCUCCUAGGGGGCUGGACGACGACGACGAGGACCUCUGGUCCCUGGAAGGGGACGAGCGCGACAGCCCCGAGGCGCUCAGCCUCUUCCGAGCCUGCUGCACCAACAACAGCAUCGUGCUGAAGGCGCUCAUCCGCCAAGGGCCCCAGGAAGAGGAGGUGCGGGAGGCCGACCGCAACCGCAGGAAUGGUCUUAUCAUUGCCUGUUACCAAGGCUAUGUGGAUAUUGUAAUAGCCUUAGCACAAUGCCCUCACCUUGAUGUGAACUGGCAGGACAACGAAGGGAACACGGCUCUAAUUACAGCUGCACAGGCAGGCCACAUAACCAUUACAAACUAUUUGUUGAACUAUUUUCCUGGGCUUGAUAUUGAGAAGAGGAAUGCAUUUGGAUUCACAGCUCUGAUGAAGUCUGCAAUGCAGGGCCGAACAGAAUGUGUGAAAGCCUUGAUGAUGGCAGGGGCAAAUGUUCAUGCAACUGACCCAAGCCGUGGACUGACUUCUUGGGAAUGGGCUUGUUUCACCGGAAGAUCAGAGUCCGCCUUCGUCAUGCAGAAGCUGAUGGACAGGCCAUGCCCAGAACAGUUUUCUGAUCAAUAUAAACCAGAAUGGCCAAAAAUGAAGGAACUUCUUGCCAAGGCUGCAGAGCCAAAAAGCUGUUUGCAGAAGAUUUCUGAGUGUGUAAGGGCAGCUGUCUCGUUCCGGUCUUUCUAUGGCCCAGAAGAGGAUGGGGUCCUCGACUAUAUGGUGAAGGUGACAACAAGUUUGGGAAGUCCCUUCGUCGCUCUGGGGUGCCGGACUGUGUGCCCAGGCAGCCCACCUUGUGUGGGGAAACGCAGACUGGCAGUGCAGGAAAUCCUUAGGAAGCAGAGAGCAGAGGAGAUCCGAUCUCAAGACAAAGAUCACGUCAGCAGCUACGAGAAGCUCUUUCAGAACUCCAAAGUCACCGUGGUCCCCAAGAAGAAGGAGCGUCGAGCCAGCCUGCAGCCCUUCAGCAUGGCGAUGUCCCAAGUGACCACAGUAGCCACGAGGAAAGCAAGCCUGCUGCCGCUCCACCUGCUUCGACGCAGCAGCGUCCGGCCGGGGUUUGUCAUCCCCAAAGUCCGUGUCAGCAAGGCUCCUCCACCCACCUUCCAGCCAGAAAAGGCGAGGAGGAGAAGCAGCGCCAAGGAGGACCCCUAUCUGCAGAUUCCCAAGUGGAGAUACAAGGAGCUAAAAGAGGAGCGGAGGAAGGCAGAGGAACUGGAGAAGAAUAGAGCAGCAGAGGCUCAGAAGCCCAGGCAGGGGUCUCCUGCCCAGAGCAGGACCUGA